UCAACAUUUAAAAACAGAAAUAUGAUUGUGGCGAGGCUUUUAUAUUUUAUUUCAAUUUUGUUAUCCUGCAGUUUUGGUGCUGUCACUAAUAAUAAUGAGAAAAAUGCUAGCUGUGCAGAUGGGCCAUUGGGUAUAAGUAUAACGAAAGAAUCAUUGAACAUUCAGAUUGGUGGGAAAAAAUGGGACCACAAUUUGAACGAAUUCAUUGAAUCAAGUAUUCAAGAAGCUAUUGAAUCAAAUCCAGAAAAUAAGCCAGAUAUUGUGGAACCUACCCCAGAAAUUGACCCCCCAGAAACCGAUGUUAAAAAUGUAACCCUCGAAGAGACAGACCCAAAACAUAUUAUUAAGCAAUUGGAAACUAUUUCAAGUGAAUUACAAAAUAUACGAAAUGUUUGUCAACAGUCUGAGUGUGUGUCAGCAAGCAGUGUGGGAAACCUCAACAACGGUGAUAUUUGUAAUAGAAUAGUAGGAAUAAGUAAACCUCAAUUGUGUGAUGCUUCGGAAGACAAUACAGGUGCUAACAAAAAUAUACCGAGAAACUGUAAAGAAGUUCAAGAAAGAGGACAAACUAUAACUGGAAUCUACGAAAUUCAGCCGAACAGUACCCUCAAACCUAUCUUUGUUCUGUGCGAUAUGGAAACCAGAGAUGGAGGAUGGACUGUUAUUCAAAAAAGAUUUGAUGGAUCAGAAGAUUUUGAUCGAAAUUGGCGAGACUACAAAUUUGGUUUUGGAAAUCUUAAAAGAGAACUUUGGAUUGGUCUUGAAAACAUGUAUCAAAUUACCGCCUUUGAAGCAAGUGAAUUAUUAAUAGAAAUAACUGACAGGGACCAAAUUAAAGCAUUUGCCCACUAUAAAGGAUUUGGAAUAGGAUCGGAACCAGAAGGAUAUGUACUGAACGUCCUUAAUGGAUUUAGUGGUGAUGCUGGAGACUCCUUAACAGAACACCAUUUUAAAAAUAAAUUUACCACCAAGGAUUUGGAUCAGGAUAAACACCCAAAUAAUUGUGCUGUGCUAUUUAGUAGUGGUUGGUGGUUUAACAAUUGCCAUGUUGCCAAUUUGAAUGGAAAAUACUUAAACAUACAAGCUCCUGUUGCAUUUACGGGUCUUCAUUGGAGGGAUUUUAGAGGACAACCGUACAGCCAUGCCGGAUCAAGGAUGUUGGUUAGACCAGUUCGGCCAUAAUUUACUGCAGGACAUUUUCAAAAUAGUGUUGUUAUUUCUAUUAUUACUAUAUGAGAGCA